CCUCUAUAACAAUCUUGCGUAAUCUUCGGUGAAAGAAGCCUUUGAAAGAAUCCUCUAGAAAGUAGCAUUGAAUCUCCAGUCUCCGGUAUCAAAAUCGUUUCGUGAAAAAUUAUUCAUAUUUCAAUUUUCAACGUAAAAUAAGGAAGUAUACAAGAUGUGUGACAGAAAGGCAGUGAUCAAGAAUGCUGAUAUGGGUGAGGAGAUGCAGCAGGAUGCUGUUGACUGUGCAACACAGGCACUCGAAAAGUUCAAUAUUGAGAAGGAUAUUGCUGCAUUUAUCAAGAAAGAGUUCGACAAGAAAUACAACCCCACAUGGCAUUGCAUUGUCGGUCGUAACUUCGGUUCUUACGUGACGCAUGAGACUCGUCAUUUCAUUUACUUCUACCUUGGCCAAGUAGCGAUACUGCUUUUCAAGAGCGGUUAAUUCCUUUCUUCCAACCCCCCCCCUUCCCUCCCUUAUCCUAUGUCCUUAGCCUAACUCCCAGCUCCCAUAAUCCUUUAACCUUGUUUGCCCACUGGGCCAGUGUACAUUCCCGCAGCAGCAGGCCCCCAGCCCCAGUGGGAUGUCCAAGGCUGACAUGGAAUGGUCGGUUGAAUGCUUGUUGUAUGAAUGACUCUCACGGCCCGCAUGUAUAGAAUAAGAAGUUACUUGUGUACACAUUCACGUCUAGUGUAUUUAUUAAUAAAAUUUUAGUUAAUUCCUAGACUAUACCUAGCAUAGUAAAUUCAUAUGUUAGUACUUAUCUAAAUUUAUUGUAUUUUUAUUUGUUAAUAUGUUUCACUGGAGAUAUUUUCAAUACUUCUAUUAUUAUUAAACUUUCUUACAAACCAA